AUGGAGGGAGCAGAGUUGGAGCUAGAGAGGCGAAGCAAGUUCCUCAGCAGUUUAAUACAGAAGAAGAAGUCUGUAGAGCAACAAGACCACCAUGAACUCCUCAAUGUCCGAGUUAGGGCCUCUGACAUGCCCACCCCUUUGCAAAACCGCGCCUUUCGCUCUGCGAGGGACCACCUGGACUCCAUGCCGGGGAAACUCGACAGCAAACGACUCGCUCUUGCCCUUAAGAAGGAAUUUGACUCGUCAUAUGGUCCAGCUUGGCACUGCAUUGUGGGAACUAGCUUUGGUUCGUAUGUCACACAUUCCACAGGAGGGUUCUUGUAUUUUUCGAUCGACAAGGUUUACAUUCUUCUUUUCAAAACAGCAGUUGAGCCUUUGGACCAUUGA